CUGAAUAAUGCAACAUACGAUGCAUUUCCGGAUUUCCAAAUGUUUCCCACAAUGGCAGGGUCGGUGUCGGUACCAUACAACGUCCCGGAGCUUUCGACCAACUGCAGCACGGCAUCACACGAUCUGUCCAGCUGCUUAAACUUAACCCAAGAAGCCCUUGUUGGGAUAUUUAACGGAACCAUCCAGUACUGGAAUGAUCCAUUAAUUAUCCUGCAUAACGAAGCUUUACGCAAUGUCAAUAACAAAAUCAUCGUUGUGGUUCGCGCUGACGGUUCAGGCACGACCCAGAUAUUCACAGGAGCGUUGGCGCUAUUCAGCAAUACUUGGAAAACAGUCUAUUCCAAAUUCAGCGAUGGAUGUAAAUCCAACGAAAAACCAAUAAAAUGGAACUCUACGCUGAAUAUUCGAUGCGGCAACACGGGGCGUGGCUUAGCCGCUAUUCUUCUGGAAAACAAAUACUCCAUCGGCUACUUAGGCACAUCUGACGCACGUGAUUCCAGUUUGAUGGAAGCUCGGCUGGAGAAUCAAGAAGGUCACUUCAUUUUCCCAACUCUCCGCAGCGUCGAAGCGGCUAUCGAUACAGCGCCCAAUUUCGGCGCACGGUUAACAUCCGACCUCAACAAUCUGCGGGGAAAUGUAACGUAUCCAAUCGCCGGUUUUACGUAUUUCGUAAUCCGAAAAACGUCUAUGCGCAACUGCACCACUGCGAUGGAACUGUACAGAAUGUUUGAUUAUCUGCUGAGUGAUCCUUUAGCGCAGACUGUAGCACGGGAUCUGAUGAAAGUCCCACUGAGCGCUAACGUCUUCAAUCAGGUCAGACAGCAAGCGCUGUUUCAAAUGACAUGCCAAAGCCAUAAUGUCAAAGAAAUGACGGAUUACGCUGUGUCGCUAGAAGACGGUUCUCAUGACGCCUGGAAACUGCCUACCGCCAUCGUCAUCGUUCUGGUCAUGGCUAUUGGCUUAAUCAUUUUUUCCGUGUGGGGUUUUGCGCAGUAUCAAAAGCAUAAAAGUGCGCUGACCAACUCUUUUAUCGUUCCCGCAGCGGUCAUCGAAGCGCACGCCAAACCGGUUGGAUCGGCCGUUAGCACGAAAUCCAGACAUUCGGGUCCCAGUUCGGGAGAAGUGGUGGACUGGAUAACGGGAUUUGAAGGGGAGAUUGUGCAUCAAAUGAUAGGGGAUAAUCUGCUGCUGACGACAUUAUGCUACCAUCUAGAGCCUACGGCGCUGCGAUGGCAGACGAAGGUCAUGCUGGUACAUUUUCGCGAUGACAUUGAUCAUGGAAAUGUAUUAAAGUUUAUUGGAAUUUGUGAGCGGAAGCAGCGGUGGAACGUUAUUAGCAUCUGUCCCGCUAAAGGUAGGUUAACGGACAUCCUACGCAGCACAAAAUUCCAUUUGGACAACAUCUUCCGAAGUUCCAUUAUCACAGACAUUGCUCAAGCCAUGGCUUAUCUUCACCAAAAGAACGUUAUCCAUGGCCAGUUGACAACAAGCUGCUGCUAUCUCGAUGCCCGUUGGAAUGUCGUCGUUGGAGACUGGGAGCAGCUAUCUCUGCACAAAGCCAACAGAGUUGAGUUUUUCGCCUACGAACGAAUACACAAUGUUUUGAACGACGAGAGAACCAAGAGAUUAACCAAUACGACUACUGCCGACUGCUCUUCUGGACGGCUCCCGAAGCGUUAA